AUGUUGGGGUGUCAAUGGGGUUCCCCGCAAAACGCAAGAGAAAGCACGAGUCAGCAAACGACGGUCAGGCACCAGAUACAACGGAUGCUCUGUCUCUCAAAGAAAGUCAAGUUGGGCCGGCCACUCAACUCAGCCAACUUUGACAAGAACCAGUACUCGACCUACCCCUCGUACCAUGCUAUUUCCAGCGCUAAGAAUCCACUUCGUGCCAAUCGAUGUUGGCUGGCCGCCGCUCUAGAGACGUUAUACGCUGUGUUCAGCCCCUUGUGGCUUCGGGGUAUCAAUGGCACAGUAAACAACCUCUUUUCCUAUCUCGUUCAGCAUUUCACCUCCCAAGAAACAUAUGAACUGAACCUCAAGGGGACAAUCCAAUCAAUCCUCAAUCAAGAACAGAGCAAGAUUUCUGAUUUUUCAUCCAAGAACUAUCCAGACAAUGACGUCACCUUAAAUCCCAAACUCCACAAGAGCACUCAGCCUGGCAAGCUAUUUGUUGUGAAUGAACGGCGUAAAUUCACUUGCAAGGCCCAGCCAGAUGUUGAACAAUCUCACCCAACUUGGCAAGAACAAUAUUUCCACGUCUUGGUGAUUUCUCCAGCAAUGUUUGGGGAAAACAGGAUCCCAUAUGAUGAUGUAGCCAAGCUGAUUCAACUUUGGCAAUCCACGGGUAUCUGA